CACAUCAAACUUUCACUGGCGUGCGCGAGGAUGAUCUGAAGGAGUGCUUUCCGAAGUUUCAGAUGGUCGGAUUCUGAACGGAGGAUCACAAUGGAGCCAACCGCAGUUGCUUUUUGGCGCAAACGGGCUGUUUAACCUCGUUAUUUAAUUUCCAUCCUGUCCAGCCAUACCAAGGUCUGAGUAAACGGUGGGGAUGGAGCGCGCACUCAGCGCUCCAAGCCCUCCUCUCAAAGUGGUCCAGCACGAACCCAUCAGCUUCGGCAUCGACCAGAUACUUAGUAGCGGUGCUGACUCAGAGAGCGGCCGGACCAGCAGUGGAGACGGUUACCUUUUGGGGAGCCCGACCGGAGGGAGCGCAGCGUCCUACACCGCGCUGUCCAUCUCCCUAUCGGGUAUGGUACCACAGUUAGAGGAUCCUGGUUUAUACGGAGUGAAGCGCAGCCUGGGCAGCAGAGGAGUGAUCCGGGUGCCCGCUCACAGACCGUUGACGGUCGAGGGACCGCCGCAUGUGGGGAGCGCUGUGCCCGGGUAUGGAGGCCUGUGUUUCCCGUUGGUCGGUUAUAGGUUCGCCAAGGACAGGUUAUCAGCUCUCGUGCCAUUCACGGUGACCCGGCGGAUAGGUCAUCCAUACCAGAACCGCACACCGCCCAAACGGAAAAAGCCUCGGGCAUCUUUCUCCCGUGUGCAGAUUUGUGAGUUGGAGAAGCGCUUCCACCGGCAGAAGUACCUCGCGAGCGCAGAGCGGGCCACCCUCGCCAAGAGCCUGAAGAUGACAGACGCGCAGGUCAAGACCUGGUUCCAGAACCGCAGGACCAAGUGGAGGAGACAGACAGCAGAGGAGCGGGAGGCUGAGCGUCAACAGGCCAAUCGGCUGAUCCUACAGCUGCAGGCCGACGCCAUCCACAAGUCCUUUAACGAAUCAGCAGGCUUCGACCCGCUGUGCUCACAUAACUCCUCCUUGUAUGCCCUGCAGAACCUCCAGCCCUGGGCCGAGGAGAGGGAGUAGGAGGAACCUGCAGCCCUGGGCCGAGGAGAGGGAGUAGGAGGAACCUGCAGCCCUGGGCCGAGGAGAAGGAGAAGGAGGAACCUGCAGCCCUGGGCCGAGGAGAGGGAGUAGGAGGAACCUGCAGCCCUGGGCAGAGGAGACGGAGUAGGAGGAACCUGCAGCCCUGGGCCGAGGAGAGGGAGUAGGAGGAACCUGCAGCCCUGGGCCGAGGAGAGGGAGUAGGAGGAACCUGCAGCCCUGGGCCGAGGAGAGGGAGUAGGAGGAACCUGCAGCCCUGGGCCGAGGAGAAGGAGUAGGAGGAACCUGCAGCCCUGGGCCGAGGAGAGGGAGUAGGAGGAACCUGCAGCCCUGGGCCGAGGAGAAGGAGUAGGAGGAACCUGCAGCCCUGGGCCGAGGAGAGGGAGUAGGAGGAACCUGCAGCCCUGGGCCGAGGAGAGGGAGAAGGAGGAACCUGCAGCCCUGGGCCGAGGAGAGGGAGUAAGUCUCCCGUAACCACUGAUCCAGGGUCACAUAUUUGUCCAUCCUUCCCAACUGUUAAGAUGAGGAAUUGAAUGAUUUGACCCUAGCUCAGUUGGUAGUGGCAAAGUGGAGAUUAUGGACAGUGUGUGAUGCCCCUUUGAGACUGUGUGGAGACAAGGUGCCGGAUAGCC